GAGUUAAAGGAUUCGAAACUCCAUUGCUUCUUAAUUUGGUUGACUGAUGGUACCAGGAAUAUACUCAAGAAAAAUGAGCCCUCGUACUUGGUGAUACUUUAAGUACAUAAUGUUUGCAAUUUCAACCCAAACGCAAGGUCUCAAACCGAUGGUGUCAUCAUCAGAACGAUUCUCUCCUGCCUCGACUUCCUUUCCAAAGGGCAGUCCAUUCUCGUCAAAGCAAAGUUCUUUUCAAAGAGGUCAAUUUCAUGUUAGACGAUUCCUUGGGCUUAAUCAAACUGGUAAAAGAAGAAAUAAUGCAGGUAUUGUAGUGUCACCAAGUUGUGUCCUUCCACUAACCGAAGAAAAUGUUGAGAAGGUUCUAGAUGAAGUCAGGCCAGGCCUAAUGGCAGAUGGAGGGAAUGUUGUACUACAUGAGAUCGAUGGCCUAGUUGUAAUUCUUAAGCUUCAGGGAGCAUGUGGAUCUUGUCCAAGUUCAACAAUGACACUUAAAAUGGGAAUUGAAACUCGCCUUCGGGAUAAAAUCCCUGAAAUAAUGGAAGUAGAGCAGAUUCAGGACUCCGAGACUGGCCUUGAGUUAAAUGAGGAAAAUAUUGAGAAGCUUCUUGGAGAGAUUAGACCAUAUCUGGUAGGAGCAGGAGGUGGAGAACUUGAGCUUGUUCAGAUUAAUGACUACAUUGUUAAGGUUCGACUGAGUGGACCGGCAGCUUCCGUGAUGACAGUUCGUGUAGCUCUUACUCAAAAAUUAAGAGAUGCAAUACCAGCUAUUGCUGCAGUUCAAUUGAUAGAAUGAAGGAAAUGCUCAGCCAUAUGACGACGUUCUGCAAGAAUUUCAGCAGUGACUAAAGAUUUCUAGACAGUAAGUAUGGCUACAUGUUCUCUCUUUACAGUAACAUCAUUUUUGGUAUAAAUGUAGUAUUCUUUAUCCGCGACUGCAUGUUAGCAUAUUGCAUGUAACACAGAAGCUUCUAUAAGUUUUCUUGAACUUAUAAUGUGCCAAGUAAUGGGAGACUUCUCACCUGAACAUUCUUCCAAAUUGUAAGUAAAAGGAACUUAAAAGAUACAUGAUGGAACUAUAUGGUGGUCUAGUUCAUUUUACUGACUCCUUUUGCAUCUGAAGAAGCAAGAUCAGUACUUAAUACUCUGCAGCGGAUGCGAAACUACCUAUUGUUUCUGCACAACCUGAAGCAGUAAAUAGUUAAACUGUCGACAAGACUAACCUACAUCAUGAUCAAUAAGGAUCAUAGAUGUGAAACUGCCAUAUCAAAACAAACUCAGAAGUUCAUAUCUACUGUGUUCAUACUGAAAGCACUUCACACCAGUAAAGCAGUACUGCAGAUUACAGACAGAUGUCAGUUUCUUAGUAACUCGAUGGACAAACUCUAUUAACUAUCUCCAAUACUCUUAGCUGAAGAAAAGGGCAGAAACUAAACCCCAUUAUAUAUAAGUUAUACCCUCUAUUUACUAUCUCCUACAGUAGUAUAGCUAGAAAUGCACAAUGCUUUGAUUAAGAUAGGGAAACAUUCCAGACAAAAGCACCAGACCUUAAUUAAGAGGAUAAAUAGCACAUUCCAACUGAAUAAGUACCAGAUCAGCGACAUAAGUGGCACACUCCAACUGAAUAAGUACAAAUAAUUAAUUUUGAACUGUGUAAAUCAAAUGAGUUGUGGUAGACUUUCGAUCUCAGUCCAUAAAAUUCAAA